UGCAAACAUUUUCCCAUGAAAGGAAUGUGUAGGGUAAGAAUAUCAACUUCUUCUAAAAUGGGAAAUUUGCUAAAUAACUGUGUGAAUGCAAUUAUACAAUGUUAAUUGUUAUAUAUAGGAAGAUUUUGAAUUUUUUGAAUCAACAAGAUGGAGGAACAUUUUGAAUUUUUCACGCGUACUGUAAGGGAGAAUUUUAAGGAAUCAUAUUUAGUUAUCUGCCAUUUCAGUCUAUUUUGAGAUUGCGAAGUGUUCUUCAUAUCCUUUCAAUAGAAUUUCAAUAUUGUUUUGUUUCCUCAGCAAUUUUACAACCAGUAUAAUGGAGCAACAUUUGAAAAAGGCAAAUUCAGGAUCCGAGGAACAUUGAACACUUUUUCCAGGCCUGACCGAAAUGUUUCAACUUUCCUACAAUUAUAACCAUAAUUUAAGAAGUAACAUGCAACUUAAUGCUGAGGUUGGCUAAACCAAAAACUAAUGCAAUGAAAAAAUCGUUCAGUUAUGUCGCCUCCAACAUCUGGAACUCACAGAGUAUUUCAGAAAGAAACAAAGCAAUUAACUUGAUUCAAUGAAUUGAUAUAGUGGGUUAUAGCGUAUUAAAUGUAUUAGAAAUAAAUUAUAUAUUGUCCUGUACCGUACUGAUAUUAUUGUAAUUUUAGCGUAAUCACACGGCCUUUUGAAAAGCAGCUCUCAAUUUCGAAAAACAUGCAGCUCAUGAUAUUCGUUAUAUAUAGAUUCCUUGAGUACCCAUAUGUAGAAUAAUGAAAAAAAUACUCGAACUCAAAUUGUGUAAACCGGGGAGUGUUUCUUUUCCAACAAACUAAAAAUGGCUUGCGCACGUAAUUUAAAAGCUUUAAUCGUAUUUUGAGUUAAUGGAUGAAACAUUGUUGGGUUUUUAUUUACUGUACAAAAUUUCAGACAAUUUGCUUUGGUUUAAGAUCAGCCUUGUGCAUGCUUAAUUAAUACCUUUACCUAAUUUGCAUUUUGCUGACAUAUGCAAAUUAGGCAAAGACAUUAAAUAAGCAUGAGAGCAUGCAAAAGGCCGAUUUUUUAGGAAAAAAUGUACGUUUGCGUGAAUAGUUAAAGGCUUAAACUGAAGCAAAUUGUCUGGAAUUUCGUGCAGCAAUUAAACACCCAACACAUUUUUCACCCAUUAACUCAAAAUACGAUCAAAGCUUUUAAAUCUCGUGCGCAAGCCAUUUUUAGUUUGUUGGAAAAGACACCCCCCUGUUUUGCAAAAUUGAGAGCAAUUUCAAAUCUGUUCAGUUUUUUUGAUACACCCUGUAUAUAUUGCUGAAAAAAGUUCCGUGUAUAAAGAUUUUUAAAUAAUAAUAUAAUGUGAACUGAAGGCGGUAUAUCUAAUACAUCACCGAGGCUGUGAUUCGUAAGAAUCUUUAAUAUUAUUUGGUGAGAAAAAGAACUUAAAGCUUAUGUUGCUUCAAUUUUGCUUUAUUAAGUUAUAAAAGCUCUAUAAAAGGUCAUGGCAUCCUUUUGUGUUUUUUUCCACGAGUUUUUAAUUAGAAUCACAAAUAUCUUUAGAAACCUCGACCAACCGGACAACCCAGCGGGAGAUCUCGUCCAAGCGGACGACCCAGCGGAGGACCUCAUCCAAGUGGACGACCUCACCCAAGUAGACGACCUCACCCAAGUGGACGACCCAGCGGACGACCUCGCCCAAGCGGACGACCCAGUCGACCUCACCCAAGUGGAACUGCCCCACCAACCGAUGUGUAAUCAACCAUUAUCUUCCAUGAACUUGGUAGGAUUUAAUUCAUGCUGUAGAACAUUCCUAAAAACAGACUAAACAACGUUUAUAUUUGUCACAAAAUUGAAGUUUCUUGUACUUUGUAUUCUUUUAAAAACCCUUCGAUUACAACUGUUUGGGAAAAUAUUUUGGUGCGUGUAGAUGUUUUCAUGACAUAGCCAGAUUAAUUAACGUCUUUGAUAGGCAUCAACACAACGCGAUAACAUUGAAGGCUACUUCUUUGAAACACAUCUGCUUUGUGCGCAAGUCUUCAAUUGAAAAAAAUAGGGCAAGCGUAGGGUAUUAGCGACGGCAUUCGGCAAUGUGGUCACAAAUGCGUCGGACUUAAGGUAUUUCGUCGUAAAACUGGAAAACGAUACCGUGCUCACAUAAUCUGCGUUUCUUCUUUCAGGCUAAGAAAAAAGACCCAAUUCUAGUUGUAGUGAUAGAUAAAAAAGUGUAA